AAACAACCAAACCUUCUUCCUUUCCUUUUACUUCCCUAUCUCAUUUGUUCUUUCUCCUCAGCUAAACAAAGCAUAAACACUAGUAUGAAUGAGAAUCAAAUAACCAUGCCUUAAAAAGACAGAUAAAUAUUUAAAGAGAAAAAAAAGCUUUGAGUUUUGUUUCUUUCCUUCUUUCAUUAAGAAUUAAAAAUGCGUUAAAGAAGAGAGAAAAUUCUAAAGUAGCAUGAAAACUGAAGAAAUAGUGUGCUAAAGAAGAAGAAGAAAAAGGAGAAAGGUAAAUGGGUUUUGGGUUUUGGCGCUUUUUCUGGAUCUGAGGGAAGUACGCUUUUCUCUUUCCAAAUCCAACUUAUAACUUCCCCCUUCCACGUCAUGUGACCACUGCACUGUGCCCUGCUUCUUUUUGUUUCUUCUCUUUCCUUCCUCGUUCACCAAUCGCGAUCCCUUCCCUCCUACAUUGGAUUUCCCUCUCCCUCUCUCUCUCUCUCUCUCUCUCUCCCCUCCAAAAGGCAUGGAGUCUCUGCAACUUGUUCCUCUUCUUCUGCGUCCUCUUACGUCAUCAUCACCACCGCCAACUCAGCAUCGCUACCAUUCACCGUUAAUAAGGCAACUCUGUUUCCCUUCUUUCCUCAAAAGAACAACAAAAAACGCCAUCCUACGAUCAUUUCCCGGCGACACUCAAGGCGGUGCCGCCGCUUCACCAGACGGUCCCUUCGCCUUCGACGAUGAAGUCUCUCACCACAAAGAAGAAAGAGCUCUCGUGUUAUCCAGAGAAAUCGAUGCUUUUGGCUAUCUUGUUGGCUUUCGCUUGAUUCCUGAGUCUGGGAAUGUGAGUGAAGAAGCUUCUAGUAGCGAUGAAGUUGAAGAACCUGUGGUUGAGGAUAUAGAAGAGGAGAAAGCUCAGACUAGAGUCUCCUACAACAUUGUUUUUGUGACUGCUGAAGCUGCACCGUAUUCGAAGACUGGUGGCCUUGCUGAUGUUUGUGGCUCUUUGCCAAUAGCACUGGCAGCUCGUGGACACCGUGUGAUGGUUGUCUCGCCUAGAUAUAUUCAUGGUACUUCUGAGGAUGAUAAGUUAUCUGAUGCAGUUGAUCUUGAUCGGAUCAAAGUGUAUUGCUUUGGGGGUGCUCAAGAAGUUGGGUUUUUCCAUGAAUAUAGGCAAGGUGUUGAUUGGGUAUUUGUGGAUCACCCCUCUUACCAUAGACCAGGGAAUCCAUAUGGAGACAAGUAUGGGACUUUUGGGGAUAAUCAGUUUCGGUUCACUUUACUUUGCCAUGCAGCAUGUGAAGCUCCACUGGUGCUAUCAUUGGGAGGGUUCAGUUAUGGGGAAAAUUGUUUAUUCCUUGUUAAUGAUUGGCAUGCCAGCCUAGUUCCGGUACUUUUGGCAGCAAAGUAUCGUCCGCAUGGGGUAUAUAAGGAUGCUCGUAGUAUAUUAGUGAUACAUAAUAUAGCACAUCAGGGAGUGGAGCCUGCAAUUACAUAUAGUAAUUUGGGGCUGCCUCCAGAAUGGCGGGGAGCACUGGAAUGGGUGUUCCCUACGUGGGCAAGGAUGCAUGCUCUUGACACAGGUGAAGCUGUCAACUUUCUAAAAGGUGCCAUUGUUACAGCUGACCGGAUAGUAGCAGUAAGCAAGGGCUAUUCCUGGGAGAUAACAACUACUGAAGGUGGACAUGGUCUACAUGAGUUAUUAAGUAGUCGAAGAAGUAUUCUCACUGGAAUCACAAAUGGAAUUGAUGUCACUGAAUGGGAUCCAUCAUCCGAUGAACAUAUUGCUUGCAACUAUUCCGCUGAUGACCUUUCGGGGAAGGCCAAAUGCAAAAUUUCCUUGCAGAAGGAAUUGGGUCUUCCAGUGAGGCCUGAUUGUCCAUUGAUUGGAUUCAUUGGAAGACUAGACUACCAGAAAGGUAUUGACCUGAUUCGCUUGGCAAUUCCAGAACUCAUUGAAGAUGAUGUUCAGUUUGUAAUGCUUGGUUCAGGAAACCCUAUUUAUGAAGAUUGGAUGAGAGAAACAGAGUCAGCGUAUAGAAAUAAAUUUCGGGGUUGGGUGGGAUUUAAUGUUCCAAUAUCUCAUAAAAUAACUGCAGGCUGUGAUAUACUGUUAAUGCCAUCUGCAUUCGAGCCCUGUGGACUGAAUCAGUUGUAUGCAAUGAGAUAUGGAACUAUACCUGUGGUUCAUGAAACUGGGGGACUAAGAGAUACUGUUCAAAAUUUUAAUCCAUUUGCUGAAGAAGGAGAUGGUGAAGGCACUGGGUGGACAUUUUCUCCCCUGACGAAGGAUAGCAUGUUAACGGCUCUAAGAUAUGCCAUUCAAACGUAUAAUGAAUACAAGUCUUCUUGGGAGGGAUUGAUGAUAAGAGGUAUGACGAGAGACUACACAUGGGUAAAUGCUGCCACUCAAUACGAGCAAAUUAUUGAGUGGGCAUUCCUCGACCCUCCCUAUUGCUGAAAGCUGAGAUAAAGCAUUAAUGAUCAGAUCAAAAAUUUCUUCAAAAAUCCAGGCUACUCAAGAGGAUUAUCGUGUUCAUAAUUAUGGAUUAGGGAUAACAUGAAGGAGGCCCUUUUUUCUUUGCUCAUUUUGAGUCUCCACCAGCUUCUUGUAAUUUUAUUAUCAAACAGUUUUUCCUACCUUUUAUUGAGGGAUGCACAUAUCUCACCCGUCUUGGGCUUUACUCUUUGAUGAUAUGAUAGGUACAUAUACUCAGCUAGGCAGUCCAGGUGGAAUUUUUUCCACUGAUUGAAACUCCACUUUGUUUGUAACUAUGCUAGUAUCUGAUGCUGUUAGAACUUUUUUAACCAUUAAAGGGGUAAAAGGGAUAAUCAAUUGGGAUGCACAGUUAUUGCUUUUGUACUCUAGACCGGUCAUGUGCUACAUUGAAUUUGCACCAUGUGAGAAUGUGCGUCCAUUAACAUUGGUUAAAAGUGAAAAUUGAUGAAAGCUGUGUUAUUG